AUGUCCGGCCUCUGGCUCAAGAAUGUGGGCUAUGGUCGGAAGGAAAUUGCCGAAGCCGCCUAUGAGCAGAUGCUCAAGCUGACCUACAUGCCCAUGGGCACCACCACCGAGCCGACAAUUCGCCUCGCCGAGAAGAUUGCGGAUAUCACCCCCGGCGACCUGUCCCGCUCCUUUUUCACCAGCGGCGGCUCCGAGUCCAUUGAGACGGCCAUCAAGCUCGCCCGCGCUUAUUUCAAGCGUGUCGGUGAGCCCGGACGCAUCAAGUUCAUCAGCCGCAAGGACUCUUACCACGGCGCCACCGCCGGCGCCAUGGCCUUGGGCGGCAACCAUCUCUAUCCCCGGGCCGACUACGAACCCCUGAUGCCGGGCACAUUCCACGUCCCGCAACCCAAUUUCUACCGCUGCGAGUUCAACAGCCAGACCCCUGAGGAAUGCGGCGAGCGCAAUGUCAAGGCCAUCGAAGACACCAUCAAGUUCCAGGGCCCCGAGACCGUCGCCGCGGUGUUCGCCGAGCCGGUGUCCAGCCCCAUGGGUGCCGUGGUCCCUCCCGACAACUACUGGCCCAUGCUCCGCGAGGUCUGCGACAGGUACGGCGUCCUGCUGAUAGCCGACGAGGUCAUCACCGGCUUCGGGCGCACAGGCAAGAUGUUCGCCUGCGAACACUGGGGCGUUACCCCCGACAUGAUGACCGUGGCCAAGGGGAUCACCAGCGGCUAUAUCCCCAUGGGCGGCACGAUCACCCGGAAAAACAUCGCCGACGCCUUCGUGGGGAGUUCGCGCGUCUCCUUCCGCCACGUCAUCACAUUCGGCGGGCAUCCCGUGGCUGCCGCGGCCGCCCUGCGCAACAUCCAGAUCAUGGAGGACGAGGACCUGGUGGGGAAUUCGGCCCGCAUGGGCGCCUACCUGCUGGACGGCCUCAAGGAGCUGCAGGAAAAACACCAGAUGAUCGGCGACGUCCGGGGCCUGGGCCUGAUGUGCGGCAUGGAGCUGGUGAAAGACCGCGAGACGAAGGAGACCUACCCAGCCAGCGCAGAUCUCGGCAAUCGCCUGACCUCUGGCUUCCAGGCCAACGGCCUCCUCCUGCGCGGCAGCGACAACAUGAACGUCAUGCCGCCCCUCUGCGUCACCUCCAGCGAGAUCGACGAGAUCAUCUCGACGAUGGACAAGGUCUUCGCCGAAGUCGGCCGCGACCUGGCCUAG